AUGUUUCUUGCUUUGUGGCUCUUUUAUUUUACCAUCGCCGUGUCGGCCGAAGGAGCCAAUCGUGUUCGACGGCGAAAUGUAAACGGUGCCGUUGUUGCUAAUUCCGACGAGGCGUCGUCGGUUCGCCGACACCGCAGCGAUAUUAUUCUGGACCUUGCCACUACCGUUCACACGAGCAACUUUGCUACGUUGGACAAGAUCCCCCCGAGGAAGACCAAGGAUGCUACGAAUGACCGCCAAUUGGUUGGUUGGAAUCCGGCUGAUAUGUUUCAAGAAAUCCAGCAUAACCCAACAAUUGUGGGUGGCGGCGACGCCGAGAAAUCGGACGCCCCUUGGCAAGUCAUGAUACUUUUUUGGGAUGCGGCCAAUAACCGUUGGGAACCAACUGGAUGCGCCGGUACGCUCAUUUCGGACCGUCACGUGUUGACCGCGGGUCACUGCGCUGUCGACAAUGGGAACCGCGACGAAGGAGUAUACGUUGGAGCCUACGAACCAUUUGGUGAGAAUCCGGGUGUCCCUUUUCACUUUUCAUUGAUUCAAUCACAUGAGGUACAUCCUGAGUUUGACAACCGGUUGAACGAUAAGGAUGCUGCCGUUCUGACUUUAACUAGCCCGGUCAGCACCAGCCUCUUUCCUCCGCUUCAACUGGCGGGUCCCGGGUUUCCGAUUCGAGACGGCGACUUGCUCAAAAUUUACGGAUUUGGUCGCGUAGCGGAGGAGGAUGCGUCCGCCGUCGAGACGCUCCAAGUAGCGCAAGUGCCGUACAUUUCGUCGACUCGCUGUAGUCGGUACCACUCCAAUAUCCGCGCCGACAUGUUUUGUGCUGGGUUUUUGGACGGUGGCGUGGACGCGUGCCAGGGCGACUCGGGUGGACCCGCAAUUCGCGAGCUCGACGGCAUCCCAUACCAAGUGGGCAUUGUAAGCUGGGGAGUUGGCUGUGCCCGGGCAAACCAUCCCGGUGUGUAUGCGAGUGUGGCGUACGUACACGAAUGGAUCCGUGACACCGUUUGCGCUUCAAAAGCGGUCGCGGGUUUUGCUUUGUGUGCUCCCUUUGGUGAUGCCAAUCCUGAUCUUCAUCUGGUUCCAACAGUGACUUUGGCUCCUACUCUGGCUCCUACUGUAAUUCCAACUCUGGCUCCCACUCUGCUUCAUACUCUGCCUCCUACUUUGCCUCCUACGCUGGCUCCUACUUUGCCUCCAACGCUGGCCCCUUCUUUGCCUCCUACGCAGGCUCCGGCUCUGGCUACUACGGUGGCUCCAACUAUGACUCCCACAGUGACUCCUCCCAGAGCUGCUACCGUUGCUAUUCCAUUGACUCGAACCACGGCUCCUUCUUUGACUCCAACCCGGGCUCCUACUUUCACUCCAACCCCGGCUCCGGCGUUGUCUCCUCCCGAAGAUGCUACUGUCAGUACUCCAUCGGCUCCUGCCGUGACUCCCACACGCGUUCCGAGCCAGCGUCCAACAGUCCUACCACUCGGGACCACUGGGACGUCGGAUCCGAAUCCCACCCGCGGUCCGGCGACAACGCUGUUUGCGACCACGGGUAGUACCACUUGCGCCUUGCCGGGCCAGUCAUGCCGAGACGCCCGCGGUUGUUGCAAGGGCGUGUGCCUCGCGUCGUUGGCGGGCUGGACCUGUCCAGUCGCCAGCGCGGAACGCGGUGUUAGCAGUAGCAGUAGCCACAAAUUGCGCGUGCGCGAGGAAUUGGUGGAAAGUCGCAAACAGAAAAAAGAUAAACACGACUAG